GCGGCUCCUCUCGGGCAGAGUUGCCCAGCGCAUCGCGGAGGCUGUGCCGGAGGGUCUCUAGUUUCCCUAAUCUACCAUGAAGAUGACAACUCUUCUUUAUGAUCGUCUUUGGGCCUGCGCUCUCCUCAUGAGCACACUAACUGGAAGAAGCUAUGGACAAACUUCCUUACAAGAUGAAAUUAAGGACAACACAACGAUAUUCACUCGAAUUCUGGACCGACUACUUGAUGGUUAUGAUAAUCGCCUGAGACCAGGAUUAGGAGAGCGUGUAACUGCGGUGAAGACUGACAUCUUUGUCACCAGUUUUGGGCCUGUUUCAGACCACGAUAUGGAAUACACAAUAGAUGUAUUUUUCCGGCAAAGCUGGAAGGAUGAAAGACUGAAGUUCAAAGGACCCAUGACAGUCCUCCGGCUGAAUAAUUUAAUGGCUAGCAAAAUAUGGACACCAGAUACUUUUUUUCACAAUGGAAAGAAAUCAGUAGCUCACAACAUGACUAUGCCAAAUAAACUCUUGCGGAUUACGGAAGACGGGACAUUGCUCUACACAAUGAGACUCACAGUGAGGGCAGAAUGUCCAAUGCACUUAGAAGAUUUUCCCAUGGAUGCACACGCUUGCCCUUUGAAAUUUGGAAGCUAUGCUUAUACAAAAUCAGAAGUGCUGUAUGAAUGGACACGGGAGCCAGCUCGGUCUGUUGUAGUUGCAGAAGAUGGCUCUCGGUUGAACCAAUAUGACCUCAUGGGACAAACGGUGGAUUCUGGAAUUGUACAGUCCAGUACAGGAGAAUAUGUUGUGAUGACUACCUAUUUCCACCUGAAGAGAAAGAUUGGAUACUUCGUCAUUCAGACAUACUUGCCAUGCAUUAUGACUGUAAUUUUAUCGCAGGUCUCUUUUUGGCUCAACAGAGAAUCUGUUCCUGCCAGGACUGUGUUUGGAGUGACAACUGUGCUAACAAUGACUACCUUGAGCAUCAGUGCACGAAAUUCCCUUCCUAAGGUGGCCUAUGCCACAGCAAUGGAUUGGUUUAUAGCUGUGUGUUAUGCAUUCGUCUUCUCUGCAUUGAUCGAAUUCGCUACAGUAAACUACUUCACAAAGAGAGGUUAUGCAUGGGAUGGCAAGAGCGUUGUUCCAGAAAAGCCAAAGAAAGUAAAGGAUCCUCUUAUUAUGAAAAAUAAUUCAUUUACAGCACCAGCAACAGCCACAAGCUUCACCCCUAAUAUUGCAAGGGACCCUGGACUUGCAACCAUUGCUAAAAGUGCAACAAUAGAGCCAAAAGAAGUCAAAGCAGAAACAAAACCUCCAGAACCCAAGAAAACAUUUAACAGCGUCAGCAAAAUUGAUCGACUAUCAAGAAUAGCAUUUCCAUUGCUUUUUGGAAUUUUUAAUUUAGUGUACUGGGCUACUUAUUUAAAUAGAGACCCCCAACUUAAAGACCAAACUCCUCCUCUCUAACC